CCUUCAGUUUAUUAACUACAGAGGAUCGGCUUCGAAGGCACUCGGUUAAAUCAGUGUUCAUGCCGGACUUUGAGCAUUUCAGAUUUUCCUACUCCAGAAUGAAUCCUGUAUUGGGGGAGAACGUGUAUCCGUACCAGCAGAACCAGGUGACGGGCUUCUCGGACUCCGCGGCUUCGGGCCACUGGACCGAUCCAGCGGGCCUUUUCUUAAGCGAACACACGAGUGGCAUCGGGCAAGAUGGGUUGGACUUUGGAGCUUUACCUCCUCCGGGAACACCAUAUCUGCACCUGGGUAACUAUCUCCACCGGGUGUCUCCACCUCCUCCCGCCGCCGCGGCCCUGAGGAACGACCUGGGGUCCAACAUCAGCGUCCUCAAAACUCUGAAUUUGCGCUUCCGCUGCUUUUUAGCCAAAGUUCACGAGCUGGAACGCAGGAAUAAAGUAUUGGAAAAGCAGCUGCAACAGGCUUUGGAUGAGAGCGCGGAGUGUGUAGAAAAUAAAAAGCCUUUAACGCGAGAUGUUGGGGUUCAGACUGGCUACGUUGGAUUGAUUCCUGUCAGGCCCGACCUGAUACCCCUUCAGAACGCGAACGACAUCGCGUAUCUGUCUGGAGCCUUGCUCUCACCGACUCUCAAUAACAUCAUCCUCCCUCUCGAGUCUAAUAACAGUACAACAAUAGAAAACCUGAACCCAUCUAAUCUGACGGACUCUAAUUCCAAUCUCACCCCAAAUUUCCCCAUCAGCCCGAUUGAUCCUGCUCCAAGAACAUUCAGCAAUGUUAACGCGAAGUAUGUCAGUACUGGUAUCGGCUGUAGCAGCAACCCUGCACCCAGAUUUCACCCUGGCACCGUGUGGUCGUAUAAUCAGAGGUUCAGCGCCGGGUGUGAGUCGCGGGUCUCGGGUCCGGGUGUGUCGUCGUGGGUGCCUCCAGUCGGAGUGGGUGUCCAGAUCGACACCAUCACCCCAGAGAUUCGGGCCCUGUACAAUGUGCUCGCCAAGGUAAAGAGGGAGAGAGACGAAUACAAACGGAGAUGGGAAGAGGAAUACACAAUGCGGGUGGAUCUACAGGAAAGAGUUGCAGAUCUUGAAGAGGACCUGCAGGAGAGCGAGGUGUGUCAAGAUAAACUUGCUCUGAGGGUUAAGCAGCUCAAAGCAGAUCUGGUUCUGUUUAAAGGUCUCAUGAGCAACAAUCACUCAGAUUUGGACAGUAAGAUUCAGGAGAAGGCCAUGAAAGUGGACAUGGACAUCUGUCGCAGGAUUGACAUCACGGCUCGUCUGUGUGAUGUAGCCCAACAGAGAAACUGCGAAGACAUGACUCAGAUCUUCCAGCAAGUAGCCACACCACCGUCAACCUUGACCCACCGACCUCAAAAACCAGCAGCACAGACAGUCAGGGGGAACGAGAGCGAUGAACCAGUAAGCAUCUCUGAAAGUGAGGACAGUGGAAAUAAGGAGGUGGAGCUUUGUUGCUCAUCAGCCAAUCAGAUCAAUGAAGAGAUGCAGAGAAUGCUCAACCAGUUACGUGAAUGUGAGUUUGAGGAUGACUGUGACAGUCUUGCGUGGGAAGAGACUGAGGAAACUCUGUUACUCUGGGAAGAUUUUCCAGGAUGCACCUUCAGUGUUGAGAACCAAGGAGAACAGGAGGAGUCUAUAGAGAAAGUAAUAAAGGACACAGAGUCCCUUUUUAAGUCGCGUGAAAAGGAAUAUCAAGACACCAUUGACCAAAUUGAGUUGGAGUUGGCAACUGCUAAGUCGGAUAUGAACAGGCAUUUGCAUGAGUAUAUGGAGAUGUGCAGCAUGAAAAGAGGCCUGGAUGUUCAGAUGGAGACCUGCAGACGAUUAAUCACUCAGAGUGGAGACAGAAAAUCCCCUCUUCUUGUUUCGGUUGCUGUGGACGAGGGAGAGAAUGCAGAGAAGGAGAGGAAAAAAGCAACUGCGGCAGAUUCUGACAGCAAUGAACCAUAUCAUGACUUGCAGUCAAACUCUGCAGUCCCGGACCACACAUGGAAAAAGGCCUAGCAUUUAUAUCCCUCCAGCACCACAGAAAUAGCUGCAAUUAUAAACGUAUGAUGGUUGUCAUUUCAUAACGGAGACUGUGAUGCUGCAGCAAGAAUCCAGAGUAAAUAGGUUAUAGCUACCUUCUGAAAGGCAAGUAACCAUGUGUGGUUUCACUAGUGCCCUCUAUUGGAAUACACCGUCAAUAGUCCAAAGGAUCCAUUAUUUGCACGUCCAGCAUGUAGCAUUAUAUUAAUUCUAGCCAAAGAUAUCAGGCUGGAUGUGAUAUCACUCU